AUGACACAAGUGACGAAAAUUGUUUCAAAACAUCGACCAAGGUAUAGACAAGCACGCAUUGUCUUUCCAUUGCUUCUUCCAGUGUUAUUUGGUAUCGCAUCACUACAUCCAAUUGCUACUGUGCUUACUCUUCUUUUAUGUUUGGUCGUAUGUUUCAAUGUCGUUAUUGUAGUCGCUCCACCCACAUGUCCCUUAGAAGAUACAUUCCUUUUCUACAGAUCGUCUGAUAGGUAUGACGGGUUUCUAAGUGAUACUAAUGUGAUUUACAAAUGUUCAGUUACUACUCUUUUGUUAUGGUAUUUCACAAUGCUUAUACCUGUAAAUUUGGAGAAUAAGCUACUCUAUAGAGAAAUAAUAAUGUACAAUAUUCUCGUUGUGGUUUGCUUACAUCUUGUGCAAAUUAUACGAAAUAUACAUACACGCAGUCUUCACCAUACAAUCCUGUCAAAUUCCCAAUAUCUUGGAAAUAAACCAGAGAAAAAUGGAAGUAAGCUCACUGUAUUUGGGUUAUGGAAACACACUGUAUGUAUAUUUCGUGAUACUAAUGUGAGUGACGUUUGCUUUUUCCCAUUGGCAUAG